CACCGUCAACGACCUCAGUUCACAGAAAAUUAUCAGCCAUGGCUCCAGGAGGUAAAUCCGCAGGAAAGGCGAUGAAAAAAUCGUCCGGCAAGGCACAAAAGAACAUCGCCAAAUCCGACAAAAAACGCAAGCCCAAGAGGAAAGAAUCAUACGCCAUCUACAUCUACAAAGUAUUGAAACAAGUACAUCCCGACACCGGUGUUUCCUCUAAGGCAAUGAGCAUUAUGAACAGUUUUGUCAACGAUUUGUUCGAGCGUAUUGCCGCCGAGUCCAGUCGUCUGGCUCACUACAACAAGCGAUCGACCAUCACCAGUCGGGAGAUUCAAACCGCCGUCCGACUCUUGUUGCCCGGUGAAUUGGCCAAGCACGCCGUCAGUGAAGGAACAAAAGCCGUAACCAAGUACACUAGUUCCAAAUAAUUGACUUAUAUUAUAACACUCUCUUUAAAAAGGCCCUUUUUAG